AUGACCGUUGACGCUCAGAGCAAGACCAACUUCAACGUGCCUGAAGCUUACCAGCUGCAAGAGGUCGUUGGCGAGGGUGCCUAUGGCUUGGUAGUCUCGGCUACCCACGUCCACACUGGCACCCGAGUCGCCAUCAAGCGCAUCACCCCGUUCGACCACACCAUGUUCUGUCAACGGACUCUCCGAGAGAUCAAGCUCCUGAGGCACUUCCGCCACGAGAACAUCAUCUCCAUCCUCGACCUCAUCAAACCCGCCACCUAUGCCUCAUUCACUGAAGUCUACCUCGUCCAAGAACUGAUGGAGACUGAUCUACACCGAGUCAUCCGAAGCCAGGAUCUCUCCGAUGACCACUGUCAAUACUUUGUCUACCAAACUCUGCGUGGCCUCAAAGCCAUGCACUCUGCCGACGUCCUCCACCGAGACCUCAAACCCUCCAACCUGCUCCUAAACGCCAACUGUGAUCUCAAGAUCUGCGAUUUCGGCCUCGCCCGUUCGGCGGCAAAGAAGGACCCGGGGGCGGAGACGGGGAAUGGGUUCAUGACCGAGUAUGUUGCGACGAGGUGGUACAGAGCGCCGGAGGUCAUGCUUUCGUUCCAAGAGUAUACCAAGGCGAUCGAUCUCUGGAGUGUGGGAUGUAUUCUUGCAGAGAUGUUGACUGGCAAGCCCCUCUUCCCUGGACGAGACUACCACCACCAGCUUUCUCUGAUCCUCCAAGUCCUCGGUACCCCGACCAUGGACGACUUCAACGAAAUAACCUCUCAGCGCUCUAAAGACUACCUUCGAGCCCUCGAGUUUACCCGGCGCCAGGACUUUGCGACCAUCAUCCCCAAAGCCAAGCCCAACGCCCUGGACCUUCUCCGCAAGACUCUGACGUUUUCUCCGACAAAGAGGAUUACGGUGGAGGAGGCUCUCAACCAUCCUUAUGUCGAGGCAUACCACGACAUGAACGAUGAGCCCGCUUCGGAACCCCUCCCCGUCGGAUUCUUCGACUUUGAAUACUCUCAAGACAAGCUUUCCCGAGAUCAAUGGAAACAGAUGAUCUACGGCGAAGUCACUCGAGAGGUCAACGAAGUCCUCAAGUCAUAA